AUAACACUCCAAAAUGAAUCCCAAUUCCAAUCCCUAAAAAAUAAGUUGGUAUUCGGUAAUACCAAAUAGUGAUAAAUUCGGUACGGUAUUCAGUAUAUCCCAAAUACCGGUACCAAACUUCCAACCCUACUUGUGGAGUAUCUCAGUGUCUCCCAAGCUUGCAUUUUUUUUAUGGAGGUUGGUCAAUGGCUUCCUUUCCGUUACGGGGAUAUUGCAUUACAAAAAAAAUUAUCUCCAAUUCAUGUCCUAUAUGUUGUGAGGAAAUUGAAGACCUCAAACACUGUUAUUUUGACUGUAGAAUCACUAGCGAACUGUGGUUGAUGACAGGUUUAGACCAACUUCGAGAUACGAUGAAGAGAACCUCGUUGGAUUUAUCUUGGAGAAACAUAUUUCUUACCCGUCACAUAUCCAAGAGUGAUGUUGCCUUCACAGUAUUCCUCAUUUGGAGAAUAUGGAAGGGCGAUGCAAGGCCACUUAUGGGUAGGGCUGGAAGUUUGGUACCGGUAUUUGGGACAUACCGAAUACCGUACCAAAUUUGUCUAUAUUUGGUAUUAGCGAAUACACGUAUUAUUUCUUGGGAUUGAGAUUGAGAUUGAAUUUUAAUUGUUAUUCGGUAUUAGGGAUUACGGGAUUGGGAUCAGUAUAUACCGAAAUACCAAAAUAUAAGCUAGUGUGUAUUUUAUCCUCUCAACUGGACUCUCUCAUUAACUACUACACGACCCUCAACCACCAAGAGUGUCAUUUAAUUAUACAUUGAUCAUUCCAUCACUAUUUCACAACUUAGAAGUCCCCAUCCAACUCAAAUUUGACUUUCCAAUUUAAGUCACUCUCGUUUCUCACCUAAUAUCUCUUGUUAUUUUCAUAACACCAAUAAGCAAACACUAGCAUUAGCCGUCUCUCAACCCCCAAUUCGUCAAAUCAAAGAUGCAAACUCAAGACUCUUUACUUAGUCUCUUUGCCCUAAAUUAAACAAUUAAAUCUAAUUUAUAUAUUUAAUUUUUAAUUGCAAAGGUAAUUAAUUUCGUAUUCGAUAAUACCGAUUGGGAAACGAAAGUACUGAUUGAGAUACCGAAAUAUUUCGGGAUUGGGAUUGAGAUACCGAAAUUAUUUAGGGAUUGAGAUUGAGAUUGAGUUUAGGGUGUAAUUCAGUGUCCGAGAUUUCAGUAUUUGGUAUUGGGAUACCGAUACCGUACCGAUUUUCACCCCUACUUAUGAGCAUAUUUCAUAUCAAUCCCAGGUCCUGUACAGGCAACUAACAACUCAUGUGUGGAGGAAUGGGAAACGACAAAGGUACAAAAGGUUCAGAAGUCUCGACGGGUGCAAAGGUCAACAGUGUAUUCUUCCACAAGGCAAGGUUCUCAGACUCGAGGAUUGGAGAUAAGCUAUACUAGUGAAGGUAGUUUGGUUCGCUUUGAUGGGGCCACAAAAGCACAGCAAGGGUGUGCAACUGGUUUCAUCGGCUUCACAAGUGAUGGAACCGUUCUUUUUACCUUUGGUAAAGCUUAUAUUGGAUUUACCGAUGCCUAUACCUCAGAACCGCUUGCCUUAUGUGAUGCCAUGAAAUGGUACUUUCAUCAUAAUUUUUCCACUGUUUCCUUUUGGGGAGAUUCCCAACUGGUCAUCACUUAUGCUACUUCAAGGAGAUCUUCAUAUUGCAGAGCAAGAGCUGUCUUAGAGGAAGUCCACUCUCUUUUCUCUUCCUUUAAGCCAGUCUCGUGUCUUUUUGCUCUUCGGAGCUUCAAUAUAACUGUUCACUUCAUGAUAAAACAAACUCUUUUAUCAGGAGUCCAGUUGCAUACGGACUAUCGUUUAUUAUUAUCUUCUUUGUAAUACUACAGGCUGACCAUAUUCUGAAGACUUAUCUUGUUUUAAAAAACCCGACAUAUUUCAUUCCAAAUUUGUAAGUAUUACUUGACAAACAAUCACUCGUAAUUAAUGUGUGACAAGUAUGAGCGUUGUAAUAUUCGUGCUUUCAUCAUCAUUCCUUGUGAUGGUGCUUUUACGUCCUUUUCUUAUCAAAAGAAAACAAAAAUAAAAAUCUUCCUUUUAUGGUAACUGAAAAAAAAAAAUAGAGGUGGGGAAAAGAAAAGCGAAAUUAGGGAAGGAAGAAGAAAGAAAAUAGUCUCCAUCCCAUUAAUGAUAGUUGGAACUUCCCAACCAAACCAUAGAAAAGCAAGCAAAGCUUCAUAUAAUACAAUUCAAAAUCUCUUGUCCAAAGGAACAAAAAUGGGAUAAAAAUAAAACCCUAGAACCUCAUUGGCCCCCUCCCAUCCAAAUAUCAUAGACCGCUUCCUCUCCUCCACACCAAGCCAAGAUCAAACAUCCACCUCACAAUUCCCUCCUUCCCCACCAACAAUUUAUUAUUAAAAAAAAUUCUCCAUAAAAGAAAAGAAAGAGGGUACAAUUGCAAGUAUCUUUUUUUUGGGUCAUGCAAAUUGAAGUUGAUGAUGAUCUAUGUCCUUUCCUUUAUUCAUCUGGUCUUGUUCUAGGAGUGUGCAAUGGUUUGUUCGGUUCCAACCAAACUUAUCUACGAUUUGAUCACUAAUCACUUGAAUAUUAUGAAUAUAAAAAAAUGUGAAUUUAUGUGAAUCAUAUAAAACCAGGGACUUUUUCUAGAAAUGCCCCUAAAAAGAAAAAAAUUCAAAAAAUAUCAUCCAUUUUUGAAAUUUUCCAAAAAUACCACCAUUUCUCGAAAACCGUAAGAUCUCGAAAAGUUAUGCGGAAUCAAAAAAAAUUUCGCUACGAUCGGAUACCCGAGCACAAAGAUACGUUAGUUUGAAGUUUCCACCUAUGUUAGGAUUUAUCGAGAAAAAGGGACCAAACCGCUGGGUGGGGCAACGGUUUUGAACCAAACCACCCCGACCCCAUGCGAUCACCAAAACCGCCCCCACACAUGCGGUUUACAUAAAAAAACUACGUGCCCACCAUACGGUUUUCAAAAAAUGGUAUUUUUGGAAAAUUUUGGAAAUAGGUUGUAUUUUUUAUUUUUUUUCUUUUUAGUGGUAUUUCUAAAAAAAAUCCUCAAACCAGGUUUAUUGUGAUUUAAACCAUCCAAACUGGUGGAAGGGGGCAGAGCAGAGGUGGUUUAGCUUGACACAAGUUGAAGCUCUCAUUCUCCCACAAACACAGAACAACGGAGACACGUUCCUUUGUCACUUGCCACUCACAUUACACUUUCAAAGGGACAGCUUUGACGUCUAAUCUAACUUCCCCUCACCCAUUAUUCCUCCCUCCCUCCCUCCCAACCCUCCAUCUAUCUUCUUCCCUUUCCACCACCAUUUCUCUCUACUUGCUGCAAUCAUUCCAUCCCAUCCCGCAACUUCUUCUUCUUCUUCUUCCCGCUUCAACGCUACCUAGGAUGUCGAGUACGUCGAAGAGUUUGACAACAAGCUCAGGCACCAUGAAUCCCAGUGGAGAAUACCCCUUGGAAUCUACAGCUGAAGAAGCUCACGCAACAGUACUAGCAUCAUCUAGCCAUUGUGUUAACACCACACCAGAGAGCCACCAGCAAGAGAAGAAAGCAAAGGACAGGCAUGGCACAAGCAUAACUUCCUCCUCGUCGCCUUCGAAUCCCCUUAGUCGCGAUUACAACGAAGAACAAGCAGCAGCAACAGCAGGGCAGGGGUUGGACAGUAGCAUUACUGGCAGGGACGGAGCAGUGGUGGUGGAGGAAACUGCAACAACAACAGCAACAACAACAACGCCACCGUUGCUGCAGGAAGAGGAAGACGGGUGGUGUGGGCGGGAGAAGCUGAAGAGGCACAGGGUAGAAGUGGCCGGACGAGUUUGGAUCCCAGAGACUUGGGGACAGGAAGAGCUGCUCAAGGAUUGGAUCGACUGUUCUGCCUUCGACGCUACGAUCGUGUCGAAUGGCAUCAUGUCGGCUCGUGAUGCUCUCGCAGCUCAGCAGGGAUUGAGGACUAGGUUAAGGACUCCAAGUCCCCAGGGAUUGAGCAUUGGAAACAGGUGUUGAAAUGAUCAAAAACUGUAGAGCAAUAAUGAGCACUGCAUAUGAACAUUCGUCCUCUUUUGAGUUCUUCUGUAUUUCCAUUCUCGUGUAUUUGUUGGCAUCUUCAUACUUCUUCACAAUGAGAGUUUUCCCUUCCAUGUAUUGAACACACAUCUACUUAUUAAUUUGCUAUGAAACAAAUUUCAGCAAGGGAAAUAAGUACAAGAAGUGCAAUGCUUUAAUCACAGUGAAUAUAGAAACUUUCAUCAGCUUACCGACUCGAAUUGCAGUUCUGCUAUAGUUUUGGUCGAUUCGUUACAUUUGAGGAUGAGUCGAAACAAUAAGAAAGCAGUGUAGGAGAUUAUACUUUGGACCUAAAAGCUAUUUGAGCUGUAUCAUCUCAUAACGAGAUAGCUUUCGGUAGAAUGGAACAACAAUUCUCCCAGCUCAGAUAAAUAAUACAACACCAUUGAUGCUUGAUCCUGCACAGAUUAAAAGACUCUGUCUGUU